AUGCCACGGCUUCUUCUUCUUGCCUUCUUUGCUCUUCUGUGCACUCGUGUGUCUUGUUCCGCACAAAUGCAGAUGGUCCUUACAAAACCUCCGGAGCCGAAAGGACAUAGCAUUGCUGCUACCAGCGAAGCGUGCGGCGGCCCUCAGGCUCCUCUCAUUGAUACGACGCAAGAGCCUCAGGCUGAUAUCUGCGCGUCGUUCCCCGGCGUAGAACUCUUUGCGCCGGAGGCUAUCGUACUCACGGGCUUGAUAAGCGUCGUUGGGAGGAAAUUGGCGGUUGAGGAGUUGGGACGGCUUAUAAACGAAUGGGCCACACGGCCUGGUGGCAGUCACUGCCGAUACCCCGCCAACAGCACGCCCGCCUGCACCACGGCGGAUACAUACAUCUCGAAUGGACCUAUGAUAUCGUGCGCGUUUACUUGUCGUGUUGGGUUCGUGAAGUCUGAGUUGGAGGGAAAAUGUGUUUCAGAAUGGGGCGAAGGUUAUUAG